GCGCGCAUGCGCGUGGGGGAGCCGACGAUGUUCGCGCCGUUGCGGUGGCUCCGCGAGUCUCCCCGCCACUUGCUGGUGUGCGAGAGGAGCCACGUGCAGCACGCGCGGUCCCGGCACGUGGCGCACGUGCGGGGGCACCCUUUCAAUUGCGGGGUGUCCUUUUUGAUACCUGAUUGUGGAAUAGUUCCACAAGCCCUAAAAAAGGCGGUUGCUGAUAUUGGGGAAUAUUACCUUGUAAAGAAUUUGUUUCUUCAUGAGCUACUGACCCAAGAAUUCAUUAACACAUUUGUGAAGAAAGGUUCAUGUUAUGCUCUUACAUACAAUACAAGAAUUGACCAAGACAAUACAGCUGCAUUGCUACCAACAGGCAAAUUGAUUUUAUCAGUAGACAAGGAUACUUAUGAAGAGCUUGGACUGCAAGGCCACCCUUCUUUAUAUUCUGGUAAAAAGCCAAUGAGAUACAUUAUUACAGUUGACUUGUUGGAUACAGCUUUCACUCCAGAAAAUAAAAAAUAUAAGAGAAUAAUUUGGGCCCUGAAGGAAAAAAAGCCACUUGAGUUUGAUUUCUUACUAAAUUGGCAACCCACAGGAUCAGAAGAAGCAAGUUUGAUGUCCUAUUUUUCUAAAAAGGAAAUACAGGCUCAUCGCCCAAAAGUAACUUUUAGCACGUUGAGAAAUGUGCAGUGUCCAAUUCUAAAGAGUGAUAAAUUGCGCGGCGAGCCAGAGGAAGCAUGCAGCGCACAAGAAUUGUUUGAGUGGCUUGGGGCCAUUUUUACUCAUGUUGGCUUAGAAAACACAUCCUCUAGUUUUUUAUCAACGUAUGUAUGUCCUCAGCCAAGCACAUUGAUAGAACAAGGUUUGAUGUGUACAAUAACCGGCUUUAUACCAUCAGAAAAGAUCAUUCAUUUAUUGGAACAAAUAUGUUGCUAUUUUGAAGAUCCAAAGCUGGCUCCCUGGGUAUCACUGACGGUGCAUGGCUUUGCUGAUAGCCCUGUUUCCUGGAGAGAAAAUGAACAUGGCUUUCUGAAAGGAGGAGAGAAUUUGUACAACUUCAUAAUUUUUAGGAAUCUAAGCUACUGGCUUCAAAUGGCAGUAGGAGCAUAUGACAACUGUCCAUAAAUUAUUGCCUUAAGUACCAUUCUGGGUAGUAACUGUAAUGAAAAUAUUUACCCUUCAGAAGGGUGUUAGCUUCCUGACUUAAAAAGUGACUAAAACAGAGGGAAGUAAUGUUGACCUUGAAGGGUCUACCUGAGUGUAAAAAGAGAAUUAUGAGGAUUAUGUUUUUUAAUCUGUUUAGUUAAGCAUGAAGUCAUGUGUCUCGAGUACUGUACACAUUUUUUUUUCAAAAUAAGAUGAUAAAUUAUUCUUGCCAGAACUUACAGCAGAUCUAUAUAGCUCCAUCUCUUUCACCCAAAAGUGGAAUAAAAACAAUACAAGUUUUACUGUUUUGAAGAAGCAAGAAAAUCCUUAUUUUACCUUUGUAGUUUUAAUUAUUAACUGAUGUACUUUUUGCAGAUUAGUAGCUUUUUUCAAAUUUGUGAAAUGGGUUGACCUUUGUAUUAGUUUCCAGAGUUUCAGUAGGUAUUUGGGAUGGAUGGCAGUACCCAGGGAGAAGAUGGAAGCUCAUAUCUUUGGAAGAAGACCCAUUCGAUCUGCAUUCUUUCUUGAAAACCUCAACAAUUGGGUCUUGCCGCAAUGUGCUCAUUUUACAGGAAUGCAACUUCAAGCACAGAUUGUUCCAAGACUUUCUUAAGACAUCUCAGAAGGAGGGUGUGCAAAACUCUCGUGACUUUUCCCAGAAUUGUUCCAAUGUUGUUCUGAACAUUUCAGAAGUGUUUUGAGUGUAAAGGAGCUGUUUUGAACCCAAAGCGGGAUGUUUUGGACGUGCGCUGUGUCAAAUUCAUCGUUUUUGCAUGCCACUAAAUGCGGAGUGUAACAUUGCAAAGUGGCUAAGGUGAAUGGUUACAAGAGGCACAUUUUUUUAAUGAAAUAGUUUAUAUUAAAACAAUUUGGGAUUAUA